AUGGCUUGUCUCUCAUUGUUUGUUUUCCUUGCUAGCCUUGUUUUCUCAGCAUUCCCUCCAUGUUAUGUCCAUGGUAUAAUUAGCUGCAUUGAAACUGAAAAGAUAGCCCUUCUCAGUCAAAGCGGGGCAUUAAUCAUAGCCACGACCAAAGCUUGUUCUCUUCUUGGGUGGCCAUGGUAUUGCAAAUGGCAAGGCGUGAGCUGCAACCAUGAAUCCCGGCAUGUCAUCAAGCUUGAUCUCCGACAGCACCCUCCUAAUUAUAUUUCUGAUUAUCAUGGCAUGCCACCAAGUAAGUUGAACUCUUCUCUCAUUCAGCUUCAUCAUUUAAAGCACUUGGAUUUGAGCAUGAACAACUUCAAUGACUCCCCCAUCCCAGACUUCAUUGGCUCUUUCGCCAAACUUGAAUACCUGAAUCUCUCCAAUGCCGGAUUCAGUGGUGCCAUUCCUCAUACCUUUGGAAACCUAUCCUGCUUGCGCUAUCUUGAUCUUAGCUCCAAUUAUGAUCUACAAACUAAUGACCUCCACUGGCUCUCUGGAAUGACUUCUUUGUAUUACCUUGACUUGAGUGGAGGGAACCUUUCCAAAGUGCAUGGUUGGCUUCAUGACAUUAACAGUGGUGGCAUUUAUGCUACUACCGAUCUGCCUCAUUAUCUCAACUUCACAUCUCUUCGUGUGCUUGAUCUCUCUCACAAUAAUGGCCUGAACAUCACUCUGCCUCAAUGGUUGUUCAAUCUCACUAGCCUUGUCUAUCUUGAUCUUUUUCAUUGUGCUCUGUAUGGCAAGUUACUGGUCACAAUUGGUAACUUGAGACGCUUGAGAGUCUUGAACUUGUCUGGUAAUCAUUUUGAUGGAGUGAUUCCAGAGUCCUUGGGAAAUCUUGGUAGCUUGGAGAGACUUGAUUUGUCAGAUAAUGAACUCAAUGGAAGCAUUCCAGAAUCUCUGAGCAAUCUUACAAAUUUAGUGUACUUUGAUUUGUCUAAUAAUAAGUUUGGAAAGUUGCCAGAGAGCAUCGGGAGGCUGCAGAAGUUGGUGGAGUUUCAUUUGUCCAAUAACCAAAUUCAGGGAUUGAUGCCUGCAAGCAUUGGGGACCUGAGAAACCUGCAAUAUUUGGAUUUAUCACAGAAUAUGAUCAGUGGAGCCAUUCCUGAAUCCUUUGGCAAUCUCACACUUUUGCAGCAUUUUGAUGGGGCUGUUAACAAUCUCAGAGCCAUUCCUGAAUCCUUUGGGAAUCUUGUUCAUCUUCAGAUUCUGCGAUUGUUUCAAAAUAUGAUUGCAGGGGAACUACCAGGGAGCAUGGGAAAACUCACAAGCUUGACAGUGCUUGAUCUAUCAAUGAACAACAUUAGUGGAAUAUUGCCAAAAUCCAUGGGGAACUUAUGCAAGUUACAGGAGUUAGAUUUAAGUAGCAAUUUAAUCAAAGGAACAAUUGAUGAUCUUGUGAAUUGCUUGUCUAAUUGCCCUGAGAACUACAUAAGAAAUAGUUCUUCUGUUUCAGAGGACACGGAUGGUAUUUGGUACUUAAAUUUGGCGAACAACAGAUUUAAUGGAAGGGUCCCAGAGAGCAUAGGUAGAAUAAGCUCUGUGUUUCCUGCUUGGCUUAAAACUCAAAGCAGUGGAGUAUCUUUUGUCUAUCAGGAGGCCGAAAUUUCAGCAAUGUCCCAACAUGGUUUUGGAAUUUAUCAUCCAAUGGUUUGGUUUGUGUUUAUAUUUGAUGAAUUGAUCAGUAGACACAAGGUUCAUGUGGAUGUUCAAGGGAUAAAAACUAAGUUGCAGGAGCUCUCUAGAAGUAGAGAAGUAUAUGGCAUUUCUAAUAUAGGUGAAACAAUUGGCACAACUAGUCAGUCUAGAAAUCAAAAUGUGAUCCCUAUAUUGCCCCAACUGAGUGAUGACAUUGAUAUGGUUGGCUUUGAUGAUGAGAAGAAAAACAUUCUGCAAGAGUUGGUGGACAUAAACAAUACAAAUCGGUCAGUGAUCUCUAUAGUGGGUAUAGGUGGUCUGGGAAAGACCACACUUGCUAAAACUGUUUAUAAUGAUCACCAAGUCAGGAGAAGUUUUGAUAUAUUUGCAUGGGCAAUCAUAUCUCAACAAUAUACCAUCCUUGAGAUUUUGAAGGGAAUCUUGUCAGAAAAGUCAGAAACUUCACCAGAAGAUACAAUCCAGACCCUCUCAGUAAAAGUUAUUGAAAAAUUAAAGAAAGGCAAGUACUUAGUUGUUCUUGAUGAUGUUUGGAAAGCAGAUGUAUGGAAUGAAUUAAUAAAAGUCUUUCCAGAUGAUAAUAAUGGAAGCAGAGUUAUUAUCACCACUCGCUUUGCAAAUGUUGCUAAGAUUGCAAAUCCUACAUUCAAAGUACAUGAAUUGCGCUGCUUAGAUGAAAAGGAGAGUCAGGAGUUAAUCCUUCGCAAGGUAUUCCCAAGACAAGAUAUCGAAACAUGUUGCCCGAUAAAUUUGGUUGAGUAUGCUCAUCAACUUGUUGAGAGGUGCGGGGGUCUACCACUAGCAGUAGUAGUUCUUGGAGGACUUGUGUCAACCAAACCACAAACCAAAGAUGCAUGGAAGAAAGUUAUCGAGAACAUGAAAGGGCUAUUUGUGGAAGGUGGAGAAAAGUGUUUAGAAAUACUUUCAUUGAGUUAUAGUGAUUUGCCAUAUUACUUGAAAUUGUGUUUUCUGUACUUUGGUUGCUUCAAAGAGGACGAGGAAAUUCCUACAAAAACAAUAAUUAGAUUGUGGUCAUGCAGGAGAUUUUCUUACCAUGGCAUGUCGGUGUUGGUUUCUCAUCUACAGGCUAAUCCACCAAAUAUGGGAAAUAAUGUACCAAAAAAUUGGGUCGCUCUGCCUCCUUAUCUAUACAAGGAACCUUUGAAGAUGAAAAUUCCUUCGGACAACAUCAUUACAAUCUUUUCUCCAAUCAACACUGCCUCAAGAAAUUGUAUUCAGGAAUUUCAAGACCCAAUGGCAACACUAGAGAAGCUGCCAUGUCUCAAAUAUCUAAAACUCUGUAAGUCAUAUAGAGGCAAACAGAUGAUAUGUUCGGCAAACAAGUUUCAACUGUUGUCCUUGGAAAUUGAGUAUCUUAAGAAACCUGAGGAGUGGAAGAUGAGGAGAAGGCAAUGUCAUGUCUCAAGUCUUUUGCAGAUCGACAGAUGUUAUAGCUUGAAGAUGAUUCCAAAAGGACUGAAGAAUGUGCCACUUGAUCAAUUGAAAUUGGGCGGAAUGUCCCGAUAUGAAUUAAGAAAUAGAUGA